UUCACGAAUUAGCUUGCUGGGAACGACUGCAUCGCGACGUACGGAUAUUACCGGUAACCCGUUCGCGACGAUACUGGGAACGUUCACCCGAAGGGGUUUCCAUCUCUCCAUGCUGCGACUCCGACAGCCAGGUACACCAGCGCCGGGACGAUCACUAGAAUAUAUGGUCCGGCGGCGGCCACCAGCUCCUGAUGAUCCGCACGUGGCUCUCGUUGCGUUGCCCGGCCAUGCAUGGGCAUUCGGUGGCCCAACUCGGCCAGUCCAUCAUCAAUUUUGAACGCGAGCGUUGUUGAUUCUUGAGUCUCUCUCUUCCCCCCUUUCCCCGUCCCCCUUCCUUCGCCGUUCUCCCCUAGGGUUCGCGCGCUGGUCGCGUUGCGUGUGUGUGCAGACAGCGCGGCUGAACAAUCUGUUGUCGAUCGUAAUAUCCUCGCUAUAAUGCGUUUCUGUUCCUUCCAUCUGGCAGUCAUCUGCCUUGGUACGCGCCUCGCCUCGGCCCAGCAGAUCUUCGACGUGUGGACAACCACGGAAGACAAGUCUCAGCUGCUCCAAUACAAGGCACAGGACCCACCUAUCAACUUCGACACGUCGGCCAAAAGCGGAGCUGCCACGAUCUCAGUAGACGAUUCGAGCGUGUCGCAAAUCAUUCACGGUUUCGGCGCUACCCUCACCGACUCUGCAGCGACUACGCUGAACGGGCUCAAGUCGUCCAAUGCGGGAAACUACAAUACGCUCUUGAACAAGCUCUUUGACGCCACGGAUGCCAACUUCGAGAACGCCGGACUCUCCUACCUCCGAAUCCCGCUCGGUGCCUCUGACUUCUCAGCAUCUAUUUACAGCUACGACGACACGGAAGGCGACACGUCGCUCAGCAAGUUCACCAUCGACGCGGCGCCCUCCGAGGUGUUCUCUGUCGUCAGCGACAUCAUGGCCAUCAACAGCGCGAUCAAAGUCCACUUCGUCCCGUGGAGUCCCCCGGGUUGGAUGAAGGACAGCGGCUCGAUGAAAGGUGGUUCGCUCAAGACCGAAUUCAUCGACACAUACGCGAACUACAUACUAAAGGCCCUGCAAGGCUGGCAAUCCAAGGGCGUCACCGCGUUCGCGGUCUCCAUCCAGAACGAGCCCGAGAACGGGGACACGACGUACCCAACGGCCACGAUGGCCGCGGACCUCGAGGCGAAGGUCGCGACUUCCCUGCGAUCGUUGCUUGACACGAACGGUUUCACCGCGACCAAGAUUAUCGGGUAUGAGCACAACUGGAUCGACGCGGCAAACUAUCCUGUACAAGUCGUCGACAACUCGCCGAACGUCUUCGCCGGCGCCUCGUUCCACUGCUACGCCGGCACGGUCGACCAACAGGGCUCCUUCAUAUCCGCCCACCCGAACAAAGAGGUUUACUUCACCGAAUGCGCAGGCACGAUCGGCUCCGACUUCUGGUCCGACCUCAAGUUCAACAUGGACAACAUCAUCCUCGGCUCGCAGGAGCACGGCUCGUCCUCGGGACUCUUCUGGUCCCUCGCCGGCGACGCAUCGGGCGGCCCGAUCCUCCCCGGCACCGACUCGUGCGCCGGCGCCGGAUGCCGCCCCGUCGUCACCGUCAACGCCGACGGGAGCUACGUGCUCAACACCGAGUUCUUUGCGGCGGCGCAUGCGAGCAAGGCGACGAUCCCGAAGGAUAACGGGGGCCCCGUCGCGAAGCGCGUGGCGAGCACGGUCGAUACGGGCUUGCUCCGCGUCGGCGCGUACGUAACCGGCCGCGCGAACUCGGCCGACUUUUUGCGGUACUCGCUCGUCGUCAUGAACUGGAACGACGCGGGUGCGGGAACGCCCAUGGACACGGUCAUCAAGUUCAGGGGAUCGCAGGCGCAGUACACGUUCCCCGUCGGGGUGACUACCCUGACGUGGUACGCCGCGCCCGACGGCGCGCCGUCGCGCCGGUCCUCGACCGUGCACCGGAGGCACCAUCAGCAACGCCGUCGUCACGUCUAGAUCAAAGUGAAGUGACGCAGGAGAAAACAGGACAGGACAGGGCAUAGUCCCUGGCUACAGUCGCUCAUUCAUUCAAUUCAUUGAUCAAGGGGGUUGAAUCAUUCGUUUGGGAUGAGGUGCACGUACGGGGGACGUCGCAUCGUUUUUGGGUCUUUCGUUGUAAGGUUCGGUGUAGAUUCACUCGUAUAGAUCAGGAUGUUCGGGUUUCUCUCCUGUCUGGGUGUUUGCACAGUCACUAUCGUAUCC